UGCAGGCAGCAGCUGAACUCCUGCUUUCCCAUUUUUUCCGUCUCUGUUUCCUGCUUCCCGCCCUCCUUUCGCGGCCCGCCUCUCGCCAGCGGCAGCACCUCCGCCCAGCGUGCCGCUGCCUAGCCGCCUCCGCCGGACUGUGCCACGCCGCGCCGGCAGCCGGGCUCCCUCCCAUGCGCGGCUCUGCGCCGCCCGCGGAGGCACCAGGACGUCCGCGCUUGCCCAGGAGCUGUCGCUGUGUGAAAGAAAAUGUCAGUCACCAUGCAUGAAAAUCGCAAAUCCAGAGCCAGUACUGGCUCCAUAAACAUAUACUUGUUCCACAAGUCAUCCUAUGCUGAUAGUGUCCUUACACAUCUGAACCUUCUGCGACAGCAGCGUCUCUUUACAGAUGUGCUUCUCCAUGCCGGGAACAGGUCAUUCCCCUGCCACAGAGCCGUUCUGGCUGCCUGUAGCCGCUAUUUUGAAGCAAUGUUCAGCGGAGGACUGAAAGAGAGCCAAGACAGUGAAGUCAACUUUCAUAACUCAAUUCAUCCAGAAGUCUUGGAGCUCCUUCUGGACUAUGCAUAUUCCUCGAGAGUUAUCAUCAAUGAGGAGAAUGCAGAAUCGCUGUUGGAGGCUGGUGACAUGCUGGAGUUUCAGGACAUUCGGGAUGCCUGUGCAGAAUUUUUGGAGAAAAACCUUCAUCCCACCAACUGUCUUGGUAUGCUGCUGCUGUCAGAUGCUCACCAGUGCACCAAGCUGUACGAGCUAUCUUGGAGGAUGUGCCUUAGCAACUUUCAGAGUAUCAGUAAAAGCGAAGACUUCCUCCAGCUGCCAAAAGACAUGGUAGUGCAGCUCCUUUCCAGUGAAGAACUAGAAACUGAGGAUGAGAGACUGGUAUAUGAAUCAGCUAUCAACUGGGUCAACUAUAACUUGAGUAAGCGUCACUGUUACCUGCCUGAGCUAUUGCAGACAGUGAGGCUGGCCCUCUUGCCAGCCCUAUACCUUAUGCAGAAUGUGGCCACAGAAGAGCUCAUCACCAAGCAAAGAAAAAGCAAAGAGAUUUUAGAAGAAUCAAUAAUAUGCAAGUUAAAAAUCUUACAGAAUGAUGGAGUGGUCACUAGUUUGUGCGCCAGACCUCGUAAAACUGGUCAUUCACUUUUUCUUUUGGGCGGUCAGACCUUUAUGUGUGACAAGCUGUACUUGGUGGACCAAAAGGCAAAGGAGAUCAUUCCAAAGGCUGACAUACCAAGCCCACGGAAAGAGUUCAGUGCUUGUGCCAUAGGCUGCAAAGUAUAUAUCACUGGGGGACGAGGGUCAGAAAACGGAGUCUCUAAAGAUGUGUGGGUGUAUGACACCCUUCAUGAGGAGUGGUCGAAGGCUGCUCCCAUGCUGGUAGCUAGGUUUGGACAUGGCUCUGCUGAACUGAAGCACUGUUUGUAUGUAGUAGGAGGGCACACUGCAGCAACUGGUUGCCUUCCAGCUUCUCCUUCAGUAUCCUUAAAGCAGGUAGAGCAGUAUGACCCCAUGACCAACAAAUGGACAAUGGUUGCCCCGCUGCGAGAGGGAGUAAGCAAUGCAGCAGUAGUCAGCGCAAAGCUUAAGUUGUUUGCUUUCGGUGGUACCAGCGUUAGCCAUGAUAAGCUGCCCAAAGUUCAGUGCUAUGACCAGUGUGAAAACAGAUGGACAGUACCGGCCACCUGCCCCCAGCCCUGGCGCUACACAGCUGCAGCUGUUCUGGGUAACCAGAUUUUUAUUAUGGGUGGAGAUACAGAAUUCUCUGCAUGCUCUGCUUAUAAAUUCAACAGUGAGGCAUACCAGUGGACUAAGGUGGGAGACGUGACAGCUAAACGGAUGAGCUGCCAUGCAGUGGCAUCUGGAAACAAACUGUAUGUGGUUGGAGGCUACUUUGGCAUUCAAAGGUGCAAAACGUUGGACUGCUACGACCCCACGUUAGAUGUAUGGAACAGCAUAACAACUGUGCCCUAUUCAUUAAUUCCCACAGCGUUUGUCAGCACAUGGAAGCACCUCCCCUCAUAAUUGUGUGUAUGUUGCAAUUAUAAAUUAUCAGCCCCUUCCCAUGCUUUCAGUUUCCUCCUGUAUUUGGAGAAGAGAAUUGGAACCUCAGUUCUGGAGAAACGGUUUUAAUGAAGAAAAAUCAUCUGAUAUCUUGCAUUUGAAGAAAAUCAUCUGCACCUUGUAAAUUAUAUACCUAGACAUGAAGGAGUGGGAGGAGAAAACCUGUCUUCAGUACUUCAGCGCAUGGUUUAAAUAUGAAUGGAUGAGCCAAGGAUCUGGUCCUUGUGCUAAUAGUUGUGGAUUAACGCCAAUAUUAAUCAGUCCUUCAAAGAAGAAAAAGAGGAGACAACUCUGAGCUGUGAGAGCUUGCAGCACUCUAUUUCCAUGUUCAUAUGUGAGAUUUGAAAUGGUUGUCAUCUCUCUUUGUGGUGGCUUGAAGUGCCAGCGCCAGCUGCAGGGGAAGCAGGCUGGGUCUGAAGUGGCGAGAUGCUGCUGUGAAUGAAGAUACAGCAGUAUGUUGCUGAACUCUGCUGUGUGGAUCUUGCUUGUCUGUGAGCAGUGUCUACCGCAUCUCUUACGUCCCACACUGACUUGUCCUGUGUGCAGUAAGUGACUUUCCACUCGGUAAGGAACAGCCCAGUGGUGAAAUGUUUUUGCAACAGUGGGGAAUGAAAAUGAUAUCCUGCAAAUGCUCCUUGUUCCUUUUCCUCCCUGUGUUUAGAAGUAAUUCAAACUGUCCCAUUCCUGUUAUGUUACUUGUAGAUAUGGUUAUUUAUUGUUCUGUGCUUGCAUGCUGAAACAAUGCCUGCAAUUGUCAUGUUGCAAGGGCCUGUGUGAAUUGUGUGUUUUGCACAUUCUGUGAUUGCUGACUUGCUCUGCUGCACAAAGAAGGAAAACUGUUGGCUAACAGAGGUGGAAAGGAGAGGUGAUUUUCUGGUCAGAAAUGGAAGGAUUACACGACAGGAUCUUAAGUUACUUAAGUACUAAAGGAAGAAACCAUGGAUGUCACUUUCUUAGGCCACCAGCUCCCCAGGUUGCUCGUGGCAUGUCUUAUAGAUGGUGUCCUUGCUACAUUUCAUUUGUUGGUCAUGCCUUUCAGUUUCUAAUUUGGAAAUAGCCGAAAACUCUUGCAGUGCUCUCUUUGUGCAGCUUCCUGAUUACAAUGCAAAUACUGUGGAAGAGCUUCUGGAUACCCAGCCCAGAUGAAGUCAUUGUCCAAAGUUAUUUAUUUAUUUAUUGAGUUGUAGGAGGAGUACCUACAAUAUAGCCGCAUUGACCUGGAUGAGUGGAAUAUGAUCAUUCAAGAAUAAAAGCAAACAAACAAAAAAAAAACAAACCCUCAAGAUAGGUUAGUGAUGAAGUCUUAAAAAUAAGGAAAAGAAAAAAAGAAGAGCAGCAAUUUUGCACUGACUGGAUUGCUUCAUCUAUCUGGAUUUCAGGUGUCAAAGAUUCAAGUGCUCCAGCAAAAUUAUUAUGGGGAUAGAAAACUAAUUCAAACCUCUUAAUCUUAAAAAUAGCCCUCAAACUCUGCUGCCUUUUUGUUUUCUUAUGGGGAUAGAAAGUCAUUUUCAGACCUCUUAAUCUUCAAAACAGCCCUGAAGCUUGACUCCCUUUUAUUUUACUUAGCCAGGUGUGUUUUUAAACACUUGGUUGCUCAGAAGUGUUAGAUACAAUCCUGAGUAACUUUUUUUUUAAAGGUUGUUUCUUUCGGUCUGGUCUUGAGGCAGAGAUGAAGCUACUCUUUCUUCUGGAUUUCAGAAGCUUGUGUUUCACAGAUGCUGUCUUUGCCAGAUCCUUUGAUGAAGCAUGUAUUGUGUUGUGUUUUUUCCUAAGUGUUUCUAGAGACCAACUUCACUGGCACAUUCAGCAACAUGGUUGGUGUGUAUUGCACAGCUGCAUGUGUGCAUGCGAAAAACAAAGUAGUCACCUUGGUGAUGCUUGCCUUUGUGUGACAGUGAUGUGGCUGUAUUUGUGGAAGUCCUGUCAUCUGGAAGUGUAUACACUGGUCACUGGAAGUUUCUCUGUGCUGCCUUAUGUUUGAAUUGCUGUUUGGAGUAGACCUUUACAUUUAAAGAAAAAGAAUAUGUGGAGUUCUUUGAAUGCAGAGAACAUCAGUUAAUUAGAAAAGGCAUUAGCAGUUUUCAGAAGGGUGAGGCGUAGCUAGCUAGAUGUGAACAGUUACAGUUCCUCUGGUUAAACCAAUUUCUUGAAAUGAUAAUUUAAAAAGUGUUUAAACCUGCUACCCUCCCUCCCCCACCACCUCCUUCCCCAGCGUUAGUCCUUUCCUCUUAGAUGGCUUUUAAGCAGUAGAAUUAGGGUAGUUCUCCUUUCUGUAUCCCUGUACUUGCACAUGUUGCUCCAUUGAAUCAAACAGCCUUGAACUGCUGUAGUCUUUCAUCUUGUGGCUCACUCCAAGGAGUGGAAGGGCAGCUGUAAAAUCAGACUUCCUGUGCUUUGCCUGUCCUCUCCCAGGCACUAGCGACUGCAGGAGCUACGAGGGACUGGGUCCCCGAGGCUCCCUUGUUUGAAUAAGGGCCAUGUAAGUUUGAGACCAGUAUUUUCCAUGAAGUUAAUUGGAGUCCAGAUGUGAAGCUGCACUACAUCUAACUACUUAGCUUUUGAAAUCUGUUUUGUAGCACCAUGCAACUUCCAAAAGUAGGGUGGAUUUUCUGCAGCUGUUUCCAAAGUUGUGGUCUGCUUUCAAGUCCUCAGUUAAUUCCUGUGUGUAGUCUGAAGGAAGCUGAAGUCAGGAUGGGCCUCUGGCUCUGCAGGGAAUAUACUAGUUUCUUGCUCUAUGAAUUGAUGUGGGAGUCCUGGCUAGCUGCUUGACCAUGUCAGCCUGAAAAACACCUCACACUUUGAAGCAAAUGCAGUUCACAGUGGAGUGCACACAAAAACACAGGCAUAAGAUGGGAAGCUUCCUCUUAUUUUACAGACUGCUUACUGUAGAAACAUGUAAUAAAAGACAGCCUUCCUCUUUUUGGCAUAAUUGUGCAGCCCCUUUUCUCUAGGUCUGGACACCUGUUGGAGAAAUAAUGGUUAGAGGAAAGUAAUGUUCCCUUUCCUGGCUACUGAAGAUUUGGUUCAUGUGCUAGAAGAAAACUGUGCAAGUGAAAAAAUAAAGUUGUCUACAUUGUGUCUUUCUGUUUGCUACUUUAAGGUUUUGUAAAACUUUUUUUUUUUUUUUUCACAAUGUGAAACUGAAGGUCAAUAAAUUAUUAGAGAUUUUC